AUGACAGUAAGCCACCGCAAGCCCCGGCCAGUGCAGCCGAACCAGGACCGGUCUACGGCAGAGCCUGGCGUGCGUUAUCAUUGUGAUGUGUGCGGCGCCGAUAUUACGCUUACUGUGCGCAUUCGAUGCGCUGGUGGAUGCAAAGAUUUUGAUCUGUGCGGCACAUGCUUUUGCACCGGCGCGCAGGUCGGCAGCCACAAAGCGUACCACGACUACCGCGUGAUUGAGCAGCAUUCGCAGCCCAUAUUUUGUCGCGACUGGGGCGUCGAUGAGGAGCUACUACUAAUUGACGGCUGCCAACUGUAUGGUGUGGGCAACUGGGCAGACGUUGCCGACCACAUCGGCAACCGGACAAAAGAAGAGGUGGAACGCCAUUUUAUAAAUGUAUACAUUGAAGGAAAGAACGGUCUUCCUUCUGGAGAUCAACGCGCCGCCGAUGCUGUGCUGCAAUGGCGCGCUGCGCACCCCCAAGAAAAGCAGCGGUGCGGUGAGGAGCGGCUGCCCGUCAUGGGCCCUGAUUUGACGUUUGCGUACGAUAUACCGAUCGAGGAUUUCCAGCGCGAGCGCUGCGAGCGAAUCGAGCGUUUGCGCGAGAUGCAGGCGGCGUUUGUCCCGCCGAAGCCGCCCGCCAAGCCGCUCGUUUCUGCGCCGACAUCGCACAGCGAACUGGCAGGCUUCAUGCCCGGGCGUCUGGAGUUUGAGCAAGAGUAUGAGCAGGAUGCAGAACAUCUGGUCAAGGAUAUGGAGUUUGGCCGCGUGUACAGCUUCGGCGGCGAUCAGAUGCCCAAUGAGUACGAUGCGCUGGGCGCCCAAGGCGCCACACAAGGGCAUGCAAGGAUGGAAGCGAGUGGGCGCGGAGGCCCUGUGACCCAGCCGAGCCAAGAAGAGGUCGCAGAGACGCUGGCUGAAGCCCAGGAGCCACAAGCAGCGGACGCGGCGAACACAGGCGAGGCCGACGGCGAGGCCGGCGCGAAGAAAUCAGGCGUCUUGUCCGAGCAGGAAGAAAAAGCAGCGGAGCAGACAGACGACCGCGCGCCCGACUGGGACGAAGAUCCCAUGGACCUGGAGCUCAAGCUUGCUGUCCUAGACAUGUACGAUGAACAGCUCGAGCGGCGCGCGCAGAAAAAGCACUUUUUAUUCGAGCGCAACUUGGUCGACUACCGCCGCAACAUUGGCGCCGAGCGGCGGCGCCCCAAGGAAGAGCGCGAUUUGCUCGCGCGCAUAAAGCACUUUGCGACCAUGCAGACCGCAAAUGACUUUGAGGAUUUCUACCGCCACCUGUGCUACGAGGAAGCCCUGAAGCGCACUGUUCGCCAGCUGCAGCACUACCGCCGCAUGGGCAUAACGACCUUUGCCGAGGCAGCGCAGUACGACAAAGAGGCCGCCGAACGCACCAAGCGCCAGCUAGAGGCCACCGAAGGCAGCAUCUCUGCGCUGAAUACCCUCGGCACCGGGCACGGCCGUGCACGGCACCGCGAGCGGGGUGUGUCGACGAUGGAAGAAGCGCACGCCAAAGACGAUGCAUUUUCCUUUGCCUCUGCGCCCGGCAUACAGCUACUCUCGCUCCCCGAGCAGCAACUGUGCUCUGCGCUGCACAUCCUCCCCCAGCCGUACCUCAUGCUGAAAACAGCGCUGCUUACCUACAGCUUUGCCCACAACAAGGCGCUCACGCUCGAGUACUGCCAGCGGAUCAGCCCCAUUUCCCCGCGAAAACUGCAGCGCUUGUACGACUUUUUUCUGCACCACGGCUACUUGCAUGCUGUAAAAAGCGCGCACGACUGGCCGCAAGAAACCCCGCACUCGUUCACGCCCAUGUUGCGCACGUCGCCGAGCGCGACACCGACCGAAGCGUCUGAUACCCCAACCAAGCGUAGCCUAUAG